AUGUCUAAUUCAAAGGUGGUCUAUGAAGGAUGGAUGGUGAGAUAUGGCCGCAGGAAGAUCGGGAGAUCAUUCAUCCACAUGCGGUAUUUCGUGCUCGAGUCUCGGUUAUUGGCCUAUUACAAGAAGAAGCCCCAAGGGAAUGUGGUACCGGUCAAUACUCUUGUUAUAGAUGGAAACUGUAGGGUGGAGGACAGAGGAUUGAAGACUCACCAUGGACAUAUGAUUUAUGUUCUCUCUGUCUAUAACAAGAAAGAUAUUUGCGAUGGGAUGACGAUGGCAGCUUUCAACAUUCAGGAGUCACUCAUGUGGAAAGAAAAAAUUGAAUCUGUUAUUGAUCAGCACCAAGAAUCACAAGCUACUGAUGGAAGUAAAUUUCAUUCCUUUGAGUAUGAAUUAGGCGUGGACAAUGAACAAAAUGUUUCAUCAUCUGACAAUGAAAGCCAGUUUAGCACUGCAGAAGAUGAAGAACUUUCUAAAUCAAAUUCAACGCGCAGAACAACUAUGGGUAAUGGUCCUCCUAAAUCUGUAUUUGACUGGUCAAAGGAAUUCGACUCAUACUUGCCUAACCAAAGUUCUAACAAUCACUCGUUUUCCGGAAAGUAUUGGCGCCUUCUUCAGUGCCAAAACGGGCUUCGGAUUUUUGAAGAGCUUCUUGAAGUGGAUUUUCUUCCGAGGAGCUGUAGUCGAGCAAUGAAAGCCGUAGGAGUAGUAGAGGCGACUUGUGAAGAAGUAUUCGAGCUUGUAAUGAGCAUGGAUGCAGCUCGAUGCGAGUGGGAUUGUAGCUUCCAAUACGGCAGCUUAGUCGAAGAAGUAGAUGGGCAUACUGCAAUACUAUACCACAGGCUCCAACUAGACUGGUUCCCAACGUUUGUAUGGCCUCGUGACCUCUGCUAUUCGCGCUAUUGGCGCCGAAAUGAUGAUGGGAGUUAUGUCGUGUUAUUUCGUUCGAGGGAGCAUGAGAAUUGUGGUCCACAACGAGGAUUUGUUCGGGCUCAUAUUGAAAGUGGAGGGUUCAAUAUAUCGCCUAUGAAAUCUCGUGGUGGGAGCCCGAGAACACAAGUUCAGCACUUAAUGCAGAUCGAUUUAAAAGGCUGGGGAGUGGGUUAUAUGUCUUCCUUUCAGCAACACUGUCUUCUUCAGAUGUUAAAUAGUGUUGCAGGAUUACGUGAAUAUUUCUCGCAAACAGAUGAAAGACCAGUGGCUUCUAGGAUCCCGGUUAUGAUUAAUAUGACGUCGGUGUCAAAUUCUUCAAAGAGUCAAAGCCCCUGGUUAUCCUCGGUUGACCAACAAAAUGGCACGGUUGACCAAAUGCAUGCAGCAAAUCGACAUUCUGUGUUGAUGGAUGAAUAUUCGGACGAGGAUGAAGAUUUCCAGUGUGCUGAUCAAGAGGUUUCAACAUUUGCAGCUGAGGUUGAAGAAAAAACAAAAGCUUCUGAAGAAGAACCUCAAGAGCAAGUAGAUGUGUCGAUUUUCUCGGGUAAUAUCCGGCGUGAUGAUCAAGAUAAUGCACGUGACUGUUACACGUUAUCUGACGGGAACAACUUUAGAGUCCGUGGCAAGAACUUCUGCCAGGACAAAUCGAAGACUCCUGGCGGGAAGCAUCUUAUGGAUCUUGUUGCUGUCGACUGGUUCAAAGAUACGAAGAGGAUGGAUGACGUGGCAAGGCGAAACGGUUGUGCAGCACAAGUCGCGUCCGAGAAAGGACUUUUUUCCAUCGUUUUUAAUCUGCAAAUACCGGGCUCGACUCAUUACAGCAUGGUUUUCUAUUUCGUAGCUAAGGAAAUAGUAUCAGGAUCUCUCUUGCAAAGAUUUGUCGAUGGGGAUGAUGAUUUUCGCAACAGUAGACUGAAGCUUAUUCCCUCAGUUCCAAAGGGCUCGUGGAUCGUACGCCAGAGUGUGGGAAGCUCGGCUUGUUUGCUCGGAAAAUCAGUCGAUUGCAACUACAUUCGUGGUACAAAUUACUUGGAAGUUGAUGUUGAUAUUGGUUCGUCUACUGUGGCGAAAGGAGUUCUGGGGCUUGUAAUUGGCGUUAUUAAGACACUUGUAGUCGACAUGGCAUUUCUCGGUAACACCCCAGAAGAGUUGCCCGAACGUGUAAUUGGUGCAGUCCGAAUUUGUCAUUUACAACUAUCGUCGGCUGUAGAACCGAUGCUCGACCCUGAGCCUUCAGAUCCACCCAAGCCAUGA